ACUGAAUCCAACAGUGUUCUAGAACAGUCACAACUAGUUCUCAACGUUGUUUUUUUUAUUUUUCAUCAGUGUUUUAUUACUUAUCACCGUUCAAUUCAAAAAUGGCGUUCAUACAGUGCACACUCGCCGCUCUCCUGUUGCAUGUGGCUUGCGGAAACUACCUGGCUCACCGUGCUGCCGCUUACCACGGCGGUGCAGGAAUCGGUUACCACCACGGUGUCGCACCUGCUGCUUACCACCAUCACGGUUAUGAAGAGGCCCCGUCUUAUGACUACGCCGCGUACCCGGCUUACUCGUCAGCCAGUACCUACCAGGCCGACUACCCCAGCUACUCCUCGAAACCCGUCGACUACUACUCGCCACCCAAGUACUCCUUCAACUACGGCGUGAAGGACUACCAUACCGGUGACGUCAAGGACCAAUGGGAAGAGCGAGACGGUGACGUUGUCAAGGGUGAAUACAGCCUGGUCGAACCAGACGGUACCACACGCAAAGUCACGUACACCGCCGACGACCACAACGGUUUCAACGCGGUCGUACACAAGUCCGGCACUGCCCAUCACCCAACCCAUGUCGCCCACGCACCAGUCUACCACCACGCUUACCGCCGUUGAGAUCAAUUAAAACAAUAAACUGUUCGGUCACCAUCGUUACCAUACGUUAUAUCAUUAGGUAUUAAUGUUUUUUUUUCUUUUUCUAGGCAUACGUUUAUAUUAUAAGCGUAUAACGUUAAUAUAUAAUAUAUUAUA